CAGUCGGCUGCCCCAGAGGCAGAAACGGGCGGCGUUCUGGGGGCGUCUGCGGGCUUCCGAAGUCCAACAUAUAAAGCUGGUAAAAGCAGAGCAGAUCUGGUCAGGUUCCGAGACGCUGAGUCCAGAGCAAUGUUGCUGAAGACAGUGGUCUUGCUGGCCCUGGUGGCCCAUGUGCUGGUGCUAGAGAAUGGGCUCCUGCGGAAGCCACCCAUGGGCUGGCUGGCCUGGGAACGCUUUCGCUGCAACACCAACUGCAACGAGGACCCGAAGAACUGCAUCAGUGAGAGGCUCUUCAUGGAGAUGGCCGACCACCUGGCGCAGGAUGGAUGGCGGGACCUAGGCUACAUAUACCUCAACAUCGACGACUGCUGGAUUGGUGGGCGUGACGCUAAAGGCAACCUGGUGCCCGACCCCAAGCGCUUCCCCAACGGCAUUGCCUUCCUGGCUGACUAUGCUCACUCCCUGGGCCUGAAGCUGGGCAUCUACGAGGACAUGGGCAACUUCACCUGUAUGGGCUACCCAGGCACCACACUAGACAAGGUGGUUCAAGACGCUCAAACCUUUGCCGCGUGGAAGGUGGACAUGCUGAAGUUGGAUGGCUGCUUUUCAACCCCCAAGGAACGGGCCAAGGGGUACCCCAAGAUGGCAGCUGCCCUGAAUGCCACAGGCCGCCCCAUCGCCUUCUCCUGCAGUUGGCCAGCCUACGAAGGGGGUCUUCCCCCGAAGGUGAACUACACUCUGCUGGCAGAAAUCUGCAACCUCUGGCGCAACUAUGACGACAUCCAGGACUCCUGGAGUAGCGUGCUCUCCAUCCUGGACUGGUUCGUGGACAACCAGGACAUCCUGCAGCCGGUGGCAGGCCCUGGGCACUGGAACGACCCAGACAUGCUGCUCAUAGGGAACUUUGGCCUCAGCUUUGAGCAAGCCCGGGCCCAGAUGGCACUAUGGACGGUGCUGGCAGCACCCCUCUUCAUGUCCACAGACCUGCGUACCAUCUCAGCCCAGAACAUGGACAUUCUGCAGAAUCCACUCAUGAUCAAAAUCAACCAGGAUCCCUUGGGCAUCCAAGGACGCAGGAUUCGCAAGGAGAAAUCCCGCAUUGAAGUGUUCAUGCGGCCCCUGGCCAACGCGGCCAGCGCCUUAGUCUUCUUCAGCCGCCGGACGGAUAUGCCGUAUCACUACCACUCCUCCCUCGCCCAGCUCAACUUCAACAGCUCCCACACGUAUGAGGCCCAGAACGUCUACACGGGUGAUGUCAUCAGUGGCCUCCACUCUAAAACCAACUUCACAGUGAUCAUCAACCCCUCAGGGGUGGUGAUGUGGUACCUGUAUCCCGUCAGGAAGCUGGGGACGCCCCAGCACUGAGGAGCUGAGACAUGGGACAGGCUGUGGCGGCGUCGCUGAGCCCAGACUAUGGAGCCUCCACAUGCCGAGGCCAGCAGGCAGGGUCCUCUGAUACCCAGGCCCGCUCGGGGACUUGGCCCCAUCAGACCCAAAGUGCAAUCUCAGGGCCAGGUUCCAUGCCCUGCCCAAGUGUGAACCUUCUUGGAAACUUGUCUUGGGGCGAUUUCCCAUGGCCUUCCUGGCUUCCAUCUUGUCUGCGCGGCCCCACAGAUGUUACUGAGCAACUCAGCCAGCCUCCUGAGCCCCCACAAGCAGGGGGACUGAUAACCCUCUGACCUUUUUGUUCACUCUGAAAUCAGGAAUUUUUUUGGAAAUUUGUAAAUUUGGAAUUUUUCUUACGAUUAGGAGUGGAGAUCUGACCUCUUGUCAGGAACUCCCAUGAAUUGUGUGAUUGGUUUUCCUGCAUGGAUGAGGCCUUACAGGCUGACCCCACCAAGGUAACCUUGGUUCCGUCAGGUUACCAAUAAAGCUGUUCUUUAACUGA